AUGAGAGAAAAUGGCGAAAAGGGAGUUAGCAUACAGAACGUCGAGUGGGAUUCGGACGGAUAUGCUGAACUGGACAUUGGUAUGGUGCUCGUGGAUAAUGACGGGGUGAUUUUUGCAAUGAUUACAAAACGCCCGGUGGGUUGGUGGGUAUUAAAAGUCGAAGUCUCUUUGGGGAAUCAGUGGGAUACACAAGGCAACUCAACAACACUGUGUGUUUUCAAAGAAAGUCAAACGUAUCCGCGCGGGUCUGCGCAGCAUUCCAGUUUUGUGGUUGAAAUGGCCUUUUUGUCCGGAAUCUUACAAUUGUUGGACGGGGGAAUGAUCCUUAUGAUUGCAGAACAGCAGGUGAGCGGCCAGCGUUUACCUAUUGUGGGGUCGAGGGGCAGCUCUCUAGAGAAGCGCGCUUACAUAAGCUGGAUCAAAAUUGUCCAGUUGUCGACCAAGCCGCUCGCAACUUCUUUGGAUUGA